AUGCUGGACGCGUUCCUGCGGCAGCAGCCGCGCCAGGGCGGAGGGCAGUGCCCCCCGGCCGCCGGCGGCGUGGGCGGCGCCCUCUACGCGCGCUUCCGCCGGUGGCUGCCCGAGGCCCUCGCGGGCGAGGGCGCGGGCGGCGAGGACCCGGCCACCGAGGCGCUGCUGCGGCGCCUCCGCGACUUCGCGCUGGGGCACUUCGGGGCGAGGGCGGCGCGCCGGGGCGCCCUCGGCGAGGAGGCCGAGGCGCCGCCGGCGCAGGGGCGGCCUCCCAGCGCGGGGCCCUCCGACGCGAUGGCCGCCGCGAUGGCCGGGAAUCCGUUCGGCAGCUCGUGGCGCUGCGAGCGCUGCACCACGAAUACCGGGUCCGCGGCUCACUGCACUGCGUGCCUGAAAGCUCGGUCGCGCGGGUAG